AUGGCUAUUGUUUAUAGCACAGCUGAAUAUGGAGCCCCCGUGUGGAUCAAUAGUGCACACGUAACUCGGAUAGACUCUGAACUCAACAACGCAAUGAGGAUUAUUAGUGGCACGGUAAAGUCAACCCAAACACCUUGGCUCUCAGUGCUGACAAAUAUAGCACCACCCCACAUCCGGAGGAAAGAGGCUCUAGUCAACACUAUAACUUUAUGCCUAAACUACAAAAAGUCACUACUGUUCCAAAUGCUAAGGGAUAAACCGAUAAAUAGACUAAAAUCCAGAAAACCACCUGGCUUAACACAAAGAACUUAAUCAACACACAAUUUUAUAGUAGUACAUUAUGGAAUGAAGAGUGGACAAAAUCACAUGUUACAAAUAAAGAUCUUAUUACUAGACCCGACCAAAAAAUAGAAGGCAUGUCACUACCAAGAAACCAAUGGAUAAGAAACCAAUAAAUCGGAUCAGGACAGGACAGGGAAGAUGUGGAUCUUUAUUAUUCAAAUGGCGCUACAAAGAUAGUGCAGCGUGUGAUUGUGGGGAAGUGGAACAGACCAUGAAACACAUCGUGGAAUCGUGUCCCAGAAGGUCAUUCGAACAAGGGACUGAAGGAAUCCACAAAGCUACCAAAGAGGCAAUAGAAUGGCUAAUAGAACUUAUAAUUAACUACUAUUUAUAA